UCUGGGGGGAGCCUCAGGGGUCCGAGAAGUCUGCACACACACCCACACAACGCUACCGAGCACUUCACUCUUUCACUUCUCUCAAAACCCUAAGUUCCCCCCGUCUCUCUCUCUCUCUCUCUCUCUCUCUCUUCCCUGCUCCGGGCUUGCUGCCCUACCAUGGCGGACCAGUACAACAUCAACGAAGAGAAGUACGUGAAGGACAGUCACACCAAGGAGAUAGACCUGGUCAACCGGGACCCCAAGCAGAUCAAUGAAGAUGUGGUCAAGGUGGACUUUGAGGACGUGAUCGCUGAGCCAGACGGAACUCACAGUCUGGAUGGAGUGUGGAAGGCCAGCUACACCACCUUCACCGUCUCCAAGUACUGGUGCUAUCGCAUACUGUCGGCCAUCUUUGGCGUGCCCGUGGCCCUGCUCUGGGGCUUCCUGUUCGCCUGCAUCUCCUUCUGCCACAUCUGGGCUGUCAUGCCCUGCAUCAAGAGCUACCUGAUCGAGACCCAGUGCCUAAGCCGGAUCUACUCCCUCUGCAUCCACACCUUCUGUGAUCCGCUCUUCGAAGCCAUAGGCAAGAUCUGCAGCAGCGUGCGUGUGGUGGUCCGCAAAGAGGUGUAGGGCCAAGGAGAACAGCCACGGAGUGUUUACAAGCCUGCCCUUUGGCACAAACAGCAGUUCAUCCCUCUCCCUGCCUGUUCUCUCCUAGCUUCUCUCCCCCUUUCUCCCCCAUCACACCCACGUCUCUGCAACUUGCACCCGAAAUGUCUUAGAUCUUCUUCUGCUGCCCUGUGAUGGCUUCUCGGUUGCUCUGAUUAAGUGCAACGAAGCUCUGUGACACAGCCACAUGUGGAUGCCAUACUGAGAAAGGAAAAAAGCUCAAUUCAUUGAGGUGACAGGACUUGCAGCUGUGCGAAUGACAAACAGCAUGCUGACGAGAGAACCAUUGCAGUCGUGUCAAUUGUCUGUAACAUCUCAGUGAGAUAGUUUGCCAACAUGAGGAUCUUUAUAGAUACAAUAUCAGACAAUGUGUGUUCUCACUUCUUGACAGUAAUUGUUUAGCUAGUCACAAGUAACCAAGAAAUUUACAGUAUGAUUAUUGAGUGAUUAUGAGUGAAUGCAAUCUUGUCUUUUAACACUGAGGCAGAAACCCAAGUUUCUACCAUUCAAUUAGUUACAUUUUGUAUAUUUAAAUAAAUAUGAUCUAAAUAUUUUGA